AUGAGCAUUCUUCGUGUAUUAAAGAGAGGCACACGCAGCCGACACCUCGUUGCAUGUCGCACAGCUGUCAAUGUGUCUAGAAAUGUACACUCACAGGGGGUGCUGCUUGCCGUUCAGCGGCAAAUGCGUGUCUUGUCUAUCGUCCCAUUGCAACCCAAGAGGUUUGUCGAUUAUCUCUUGCAAUUGGUACUUUCAUUGACCCUAAACGACUGCAAUGUCUUGUGCUGUAGCUGCUUCCGCUUACAGACAUUGAUGAUGACUCGCACAUUCUCUUCUGCUACUGCUGAGUCCGUUCCUGUUCCAUCCAUGGGUGAUUCCAUCUCGGAGGGUACAGUGGUUGAGUGGCUAAAAGCCCCUGGUGACUUUGUAGAGACGGAUGAGGUGGUUGUGGUUUUGGAGACUGACAAGGUCAGUGUUGACGUGCGUGCGCCGUUCUCUGGCGUUCUGGAGGCUCAGUUGGCUCAGAUCGACGAGAACGUGCUCGUAGGCGCGCCGCUUUUUAGCGUCAUGAAGCAGGCUGCCAGCAGUGCGCCGGUAGCUACGACUUCUGCUACAGCUGCUGAGAUUGCCCCGAUCGAAGAAGCAGUUCCUGGUGGAGAGGACCUUGAGACCGUCAAUGUGCCGUCUAUGGGUGAUUCGAUCUCGGAAGGCACCAUUGUAACCAUCCUAAAGAACGUCGGUGAUUAUGUGCGCGCUGACGAGGCUGUGCUCAUCGUGGAGACUGACAAGGUGAGCGUGGAUGUGAACGCCCCUUUUUCUGGAAAAGUCACGAGUAUUUUAGCGAAACUUGAUGACGUUGUAAAAGUGGGAUCACCCCUGUUUGUGAUCGAUAAGGCGGCGCAUGCGCCAGCUGAGUCUGCGACUCUGGCAUCGUCCCCUGCUGUAUCUGCUGCAUCUGCUGUACCUGCUGUACCUGCUCAGAAGGCUCCGGCGCCCCCACCACAGGCUUCAACUCCCAUCCCGGCUGCGUUUGCGGCGCCUGCCACAGGCCACUUUAACCGCAACGAGACGCGCGUGCAGAUGAGCAUGUUGAAGGUCCGCGCUUCGCAGCGACUAAAGGACACGCAAAACAGUGCUGCCAUGCUGUCCACAUUCCAGGAGUGCGAUCUGGGCAACUUGAUUGCCCUACGUGAAGAGCUGGGUGAUAGCUUCGAGAAGACACAUGGUGUGAAGAUUGGCAUUAUGUCAUCGUUCCUCAAGGCGAGUGCACAGGCGCUUCAGCGCGUUCCUGCGGCAAAUUCCUUCAUCGACAUGGAUGCCAAAGAAGUCGUCUACAAUGAUUUCGUGGACAUCAACGUGGCUGUGGCGUCGGAACGCGGCGUUGUGAUGCCUGUCAUCCGUAAUGUCGAGAAGAUGAGCGUGGUGGACAUCGAAAAGACGCUGGCUGCUCUUGGUGAGCAGGCACGCGACGGCACGUUGGCGCUGGAGGAUUUGGCAGGUGGAACCUUUACAAUUUCAAACAGCGGCGUGAAUGGAGCGCUGCUGAGCACCUCAAUGCUUGCGUCGCCGCAGUCUGCAGUUCUGAGCGUGCACAGUGUGAAGAUGCGCCCAACGGUGCACGAGGGAAAGAUCGUGCCGCGCCCAAUGAUGUUUCUUUCUCUGACGUAUGACCACCGUAUCAUUGAUGGACGAGAAGGUGUGACUCUGCUGAAGACCAUCGCUGAGGCCAUCAGUGAUCCGCGCCGCUUGCUUCUGAACAUAUAA